AUGUCUACCCAUGACCACGCGGACUCUAAGUCUCCCAUGGAGCACUCUCCGGUAAACGGUUUGAAAACCGACGCGCGUACCUCUUCUCGAUCACCUCUUCCGAAAAAGGAGUCCUCCCCCAACUCCGACGCAUCCGAUAUGAAGGAACACAUCGGCGACAUCGUCCUAAAACAGGAACCAGGUCAACCUCCAAAGCUGUCUCGCAGCUCAUCGCAAAACGUCGCGUCGCGACCUCCGCCGCUGUACACCCACCUACCAGAUAGCACCCAAGAUGCGCUUGCCACCUUCGAACAGAUCCCCGGCUGUAUCUACGCCAACAAAUAUAUGGGAUAUACCGAACAUGCCAUGGAAUGCGAUUGCGCUGAAGAGUGGGACCCGAAGAUUGGUCAAAACAUCGCGUGUGGCGAGGAUUCAGACUGUAUCAACCGUGCGACCAAGAUCGAAUGUACAGGCGACUGCGGCUGCGGCGCCGACUGUCAAAACCAACGAUUUCAAAAAAGACAGUUUGCACCGGUUUCCGUUAUCAAAACAGAAAAAAAAGGAUUCGGAUUGCGAGCGGAAAAGAACCUCGACCCAGGCGAAUUGAUUUACGAAUAUGUCGGUGAGGUCGUGGGAGAACAACAAUUUCGAAAGCGCAUGAGACAAUAUGAUGAGGAGGGCAUCAAACACUUUUACUUUAUGUCCUUGAACAAGGGUGAAUUUGUCGAUGCCACCAAGCGAGGCAACCUGGGACGAUUCUGCAACCAUUCGUGCAAUCCGAACUGCUAUGUUGACAAAUGGGUGGUGGGCGAGAAGUUACGUAUGGGAAUUUUCGCUGAACGCGCUGUUCAGGCCGGCGAGGAGCUGGUGUUCAACUACAAUGUUGACCGAUACGGUGCCGACCCCCAGCCCUGCUACUGCGGGGAGCCGAUGUGCACGGGAUUCAUCGGUGGACGCACUCAAACUGAACGUGCCACCAAGCUGUCGAAUGCGACUAUCGAGGCUCUUGGUAUUGAUGAGGCCGAUGGCUGGGAUACUGUGGUGGCGAAACGUCCGAAGAAGAAGAAGAUGGAAGAGGAUGACGAGGAAUAUGUGGACAGCGUACAGCCCAAGUCGCUGGAUGAGGACGGUGUGACCAAGGUCAUGGCAGCUCUUGUACAGUGCCAGGAGAAGUGGAUCGCGGUCAAACUGCUAGGCCGUAUCCAGCGCUGUGACGAUGAACGCGUUCGCAAUCGCGUGGUCAGAAUGCACGGAUACCAGAUCCUAAACUCCCAGCUUGCUCAAUGGAAGGAAGACCAAAACGUGGUGCUGCAGAUCAUGAACAUCCUCGAUGGGUUCCCACGACUCACCCGAAACAAGAUCCAGGACUCCAAGAUUGAAGCAAACAUUCGACCGUUGACGACCUGUGAUGAUGAGCGUGUCGCGAAGAAAGCAGCCGCCCUUCUCGAGAGCUGGGCUGGUCUGGAAGUCGCCUACCGAAUCCCACGCAUGAAACGCGGCAAGGAUGCGAAGCAGGCCGUGAACCAGUUUGAGCGCCGCGAAACUGGACAAGAGCAGCGCCAGCGAUCCCUUACCCGCUCUCCAUCUCCUAUGUACGAUGCUCCUCGGGGACCAGCGCAGCAACGAAGAGACCGAGGUCCUCAGCGGUCUAGACAACCCAACCGUCGUGGUCCUCGGCCAUUGCCUGAGGGAUGGUAUACUGCGGAAGCGGAGGGUCGUGUUUACUACUACUCUGCAUCAGGCAAAACGACAUGGGAGCGGCCAACCCAGCCUGCUACUCCUGCUACCCCUGCGCCGGGCCAGUCAGCAAAGAACCAACAGAACUUGGCGUUGCAGAGUAUCAUUGACGGAAUUAUGAACACCCAGGAUGACACACCCUCUGAUCACCGAACUGAUACACCCGUGACUCCUCAGCCUUCCGCCGAUCAGCCGGAGAGAAAGCACAAAGAAGAGAAGUGGAGGAAGCUUCCGUUGGAGAAACAGAAGAGAAUCUACGAGAACACUCUUUUCCCGCAUAUCAAGCCCAUAGUAGAUCAAUAUAAGCACAAGAUCCCUGACCAUCACUUGAAACGAUUUGCUAAGGAGACUGCGAAGAAGCUUGUUGAAAGCGAUUACAAAAACAAUCGCGUCGCGGAUCCUACAGCGAAGAUCUCAACAAAGCACCAGCAAACCAUCAAAAACUACUGCAAGACCUUCUUCCGCAAGGCCGCAGCCAAAUACGUGGAUCGGGAGAAGCACGGGGGCGAGAAGUCCCAGGACGCCACCCCAAACCCCGCAACCGAGACUCCUAGCAGAGCUGAUGAUGAAGCUACUGCGGGUGCACCUGCGAGUGCACCUGCGAGUUCUCCCCUGGAAGACGAUGACGCCGCAUCGCUGAAGCGCAAGCGAAACGGAAUCCUACAUGUCGACGGUGCUGAAGAUGGAGCCAGUUCUCCCUCCAAACGACAAAAAUCCACUCCUCCACCACCCCCUCCUCCGCCUCCUCCAGCAGAUCGACCUGAAGAUGACGCCGACGGUGACACCAACAUGGGAAAUAUCGAGGACCGUUCGCCUCCGAAAGACGACUCCAGCGCUGGAGUGGACGACAAUAUGGAGAUAGAAGCGGGAAAUGAGCCACAAACGAAGCAACCUCCGAUCAGUAUCGAGGGACGGGAGUAG